CAUAGAAACACACGUGGGUUAGGGGGCAAAUAAGGAUAGCAUACGACUUGAUGAGUUGUAGAAGGUCAUUGCUUUUCAUAAAAAAUAAUCGUCGAGUAGUGUGAAUAAUCCCAAUUAGCAAUACAGGGUGACAUGGCCGACUUCAACUCCGGUUUUGAUUUAAGUGCCUCUGAAAAGGCCGAGGCUACAGAGCUUCAGAAGAUGAUUGCUAUCGAACAACAGAAAGCGCAGUUUCAGGCGCAGGUGCACAACUUCACAGACGUGUGCUGGGAUAAGUGUGUGGAGAAGCCAGGCUCGAAGCUGGACUCACGGACUGAGACCUGCCUCGUUAGCUGCGUGGAGCGCUUCAUUGACACCACCCUCACCAUCACCAACCGCUUCACACAGAUGGUGCAGAAGGGGGCACACUGAUCCAUCCGUGCGUGGCCAAAGCUCACCGACUCAACUCUGAGUCUAAACGUGUGCUGCACUUGGGACCUCACUUCGUAGGGUCAUGGACUCUUUCUAGAAAUACGAUCAUGACCCCUCAUGCUUAAUGUUACCAAGAGCAACAAUGAAUAUGGUUAUGAACCGGCAUAUUUCUUUCCGUUCUUCAAACAUGUCUGUACCUCUCCUUUUGGGACAGAACAUCCUGUGACCCUCUGUGCACGGAUUGAUGUGUGAUGUAGAUGUUUGUUCAUGUUUUUAUGUUGGAAAACAUUUUAUCGCACUCCUUGCUGCCAUAAUGCUACAUGUGUUGAAUGUAGCAAAAAAUGUAAAAAGAAUUAAAGCAGUCAAUGCAGUUGCAA